AUGGAUCUAUUUUUUUUAAUCUUAGGUCUGUUAGGUUGUGGAGCAAUUACUCGUCCAUCUCGAAUCUAUCCAUAUAGUCCAGCUAAUUAUGAUUUUAAUUUGAAUACACCUGGAACAUGUAUGCUAGCAUGUUCAGCAGCUGGUUAUGCAUAUGCAAGUAUAUCUGCUGGUCGUUUAUGUUUUUGUGGUUCAUUAUCAGCUAAUAUUUCAUUGUUAAAUUCAACAACAACAUCAUGUCAAAUUGAUGCAUGUACAGGUGAUACAAAUGUUUAUUGUGGUGAUAGUGAUUAUGAACUUGUUUAUGCAUCAAUUGGUGUUAUUGAUUCAGCAAAUAUUAAUUUAAUCGGUAGCACAGCACCGAUGGCAUUACAAAUUAAUCAAAAUUAUCAAUUUGAUGUUGGUUAUCAAGGUGCAGUUAGUUAUAUUAAUUAUCUUAUUGAUUUUGGUGAUGGUACACAAACGGGAUGGUUCAGUGGAACAUUAAAUACGACAACAGUAGUUUCGCAUAUUUUUUCAAAAACUGGAAAAUUCUCAGUAUCAAUGGCAGCUCGAUCAUUGGUUGGAAUGCAGCCAAUAAUGUCUGCAAUGACAGUUAAAGUUUCUGAUCAAAUCUCAUCACUUGAUGUAUCAAUAACAUGUCCAUAUGUAACAACAACACUGCAGACUGUUUCGUGUACUUUUAUAUCCGUACGUGGUACUGAUUUAACGGCUGAACUCAAUUACAAUUCAUCAAUGCCAUCUUAUUCAAUUUUUAAUAUUCCAAAUGCACAAUAUUACACAUUCGGUUCAUCAUAUGUUACAUAUAAUCCGACAAUAGAUUCGUCAGGAAAUUUACUUACUGUAAAUGAUGUUGUUAUUUUACCUCAAAGUAUUAUUACUAUUGCUGGUCGAUUAUCAUCAAUACAAUUUUACAGUUCAGGUGCUGGUACAAUCAAUAUUUAUUUACUUCGUCGUAGUUGUACAUCACCAUUGACUUAUUGUUAUGAUACAAAUACAUGUAGUAAUUGUACGAAUACUUGUGGUAAUUGUUCAAAUCCAUAUUCAUUACAAUGUUCAACAAAUAUUUAUUCAACAAUAACUUAUUUAUGUGUUAAUGCAUCAUUAAAUCAACGCUUUCAACAAACAACAUAUUCAAAUGCACAAUUUGAAAUUAUUGCUCAAUGGACAAUAACAACAACUGGUACAAAUUAUCAACAAAUUAUUGCAAAUACAUCAUUAAAUAUGAUGAAUCAAACAGCCCUUGUUGGUGAUAUUUUAGCAUUUCAAGGUUUAGAUAUUGCAAAAAGUCUUUCGAUUGAUGGAACUGAAGAUUAUCGAUGUAUAAAUCCAACAAUAACAAAUAAUACAUUUACAUGUGCCGUUGGAAGUUUAUCAUCAAAUGGUACACAAUAUCGAUAUUUACUUCAAACAACAAUUAUACAAGCAAUACGAAUUGCACCAAAUACUAUUUACGAUAAUGUUGGAUAUUUCUCUGUUGAAGGUCGAUUAACACAAAAUAAUCUAACAACAUAUUCAGCAUCAACUACAUUACCUGUUGUUUAUGGUAUUGCAUGGGUUGAAAUUAUUGGACCGUCAGUUGCAAGUGUUAAUGUUAUUUUAACAUUUAUAGUAAAUAUAUAUCCUGUUAAUGCAACAGCAACGAAAUAUAUGUGGUUUAUUAAUGGAAAUAAUACAUUAAAUUCAACAACAAAUACAAUGAAUAUAUCAUUUUCAUCAAGUGCUACAUAUACUAUUGGUUGUCGAGCAAAAAAUCUUCUAUCAAGUAAAUAUAAUUCAACAUCAAUUACUAUAGUAGAUUUUAUAACAAAUUUUACAUUACAUGCUGGUAAUAUAACAAAUGUUUCAACUUCUCAACCAUUUGAAGUAGCAAAAUUUCAAAUAAGAAUGACUACAGGUAGUAAUUAUGCAUGUCGUAUUAAUUAUGAUACAUCACAAUUAGUAAGCAGACUUUAUUAUUAUACAUAUGGUUAUAUUCCUGGAAGUUAUGUUACUCAUCAAUAUUUACUACCAGGAGAAUAUAAUGUAGGUCAAGUUUAUAAUAUAUCAUCGUGA